AUGGCAUCACCAUCUAGUUCCGAUGAGGGCGAGAUCGUAGAGAGCCGUGUGGGAGACUCGAAGGCAACUUCACUGCCUCAUAUUGAUGGACAUGGUGUUGACCGUAUGGACAGAAAUCGAGCUAGAUUCUCACGCUCACGAUCCCCGGACUAUCUGAACGGUGUGAGACGCCAACGACGAAGCCGCUCGCCUCGUGGUUCAAAGAGAUCUCACGAUGAUCGUGAUUCCUAUCGGGGAGGUCGUGUAGACUCCGACCCCCGACGCUUCCGUGUCCAUUAUGAAGACUCCCGCGACAACUACCACCGUACUCGUAUUUCUUACGACGACGAAGAUCGCCCGUCCUCCCGCUCAUCGGCUGCAAAUCUACAUUACGACGACAGGGACCGGAAUUAUGGCCGCGAUAGGGCCAGAGAUCGAAGCCAGGAUCGUGACCACUAUCCCGAUAAGCGACCAAGGAAUCGCACCCGCUCCCCAUACAACUCGUCACGUGGUGAGCGAGAUCGAGGUGAAUACGCCAGACGCGAUAGCGACCGAGUGCGACGGGAUCCAGUUCGGAAUGGCGCCAAUAGUAUCAGGUCAAGUCACCAUCAGAAAAGCCCACGGCCCGCUCAAGACUCCUUAGAUGCCUCUAAACAAAGAUCUACAGUCAAGACUACAGAUGCUACCUCUGCCUCGUCUGAGGCGGCUUCUACCCCCGGUGGCUUAGGUAACCCUGCAGCCCAAAUGACGAAGGCGCCUAAAUCGGAAAACUUUGUUGAAGAUGAGAAACCCAUCGACGAAGAUGCAGAAAUAGAACGCCGUCGUCGCCGACGCCAAGAGCUCCUCGCCAAGUCACGAGCAGCUCCAAUGCUAGUCCAGGCUCUUCAGUCGUCAGAGAAAACGAAUGUCCUGUCUCCGACCACAACGCGAGGAAGUACGCCGAUGGCUACUGAGGUCAACACACCAAAAUCUACCUUCUCGUCCCCACGUUCACCAGCUUUACAGGAAGGAUUGUCACUUGCACCACUUGAUAUCGCUAAUGAUCAAGAGCUUAUCAACACUCAUGGUAAUUCAAGAAAUGGCGACGAGGAAGACGGGCCGUCCGCUGCAGACUAUGACCCAACAGCUGAUAUGAGAGAGGAUGAGUUGAGGGAUGAGCGUCGUAAUGGCCAUAUCGGUCCCCAUGGAGAGAUCUUGCAUCCUGACGAGAAAGCUGAAAUCCCACCAGUUCACCAGGAACCAACCCCGAAGAAGCCAAGGGCUGACGAUGACGAUGAUUUCGACAUGUUUGCCGAGGAUUUUGACGAAAACAAAUUCGUGGCACCAAAACCCAAUCAUCUCGAAUUUGCUGCCGAUGAUCGUAAAGACCCUGCUGCUCUUACGCAACCCAAUGGAGGUGGUAUUCUAGAAGGUGAUGACAAAGAUGGCUAUUACAAGAUUCGGAUUGGUGAGAUCAUGAAUGGUCGGUACCAAGUACAAUCUACCCUCGGCAAAGGCAUGUUUUCAGGCGUGGCUCGAGCUGUCGACAUUACUAAUAAGAAGCUUGUUGCCAUCAAAAUGAUGCGAAACAAUGAUGCCUUGAGGAAAGGAGGAUUCACUGAAAUCGCAAUCCUUCAAAAGCUUAACGAUGCCGACCCUGAAAACCGCAGGCACAUUGUCAAGUUCGAGCGCCAUUUUGAGCAUAAAGGCCAUCUUUGUCUAGCGUUCGAAAAUCUCAGUUUGAACCUUCGCGAGGUUCUUAGAAAAUUCGGUAACAAUAUUGGUAUUAAUCUGAGCGCGACUCGUGCCUAUGCUCAUCAAAUUUUUGUUGCGCUGGCUCACCUUCGCAGGUGCAGUAUCAUACAUGCCGAUCUAAAACCGGACAACAUUCUGGUCAAUGAGACACGCAACGUGCUCAAGAUAUGUGACUUGGGCACAGCUAUUGAUCGGUCUGAUGCUGCAACUGCACACACCGAAAUUACACCCUACCUCGUCAGUAGAUUUUAUCGAGCACCUGAAAUCAUAUUGGGCAUGCCAUACGAUUAUGCCAUUGACAUGUGGUCUAUCGGUUGUACUCUGUACGAAUUAUACACUGGGAAGAUCCUCUUUGCCGGUGACAGUAACAACCAGAUGCUCAAGGCCAUCAUGGAGAUCCGUGGUAAAUUCAGCCCCAAGCUCUACAAACGGGGUGAGAUGUCGCAUCUACACUUCGAUGAGCUGGGUAAUUUCAUCAGCGCCGAACGAGACAGAACACUUGGAAAGACAACUAUUCGUAGUCUUGCCAUUGUUAAGCCUACGCGUGAUUUGCGUACACGUCUUAUGGCCGCGUCAGGGGGGAUGAAUGAUGUCGAGUCUAGAGAUCUCAACAAUUUCGUCGACCUACUAGAGCGAUGUCUAGCUCUUAAUCCUGACAAAAGAAUCACUCCCUUGGAAGCUUUAAGACACCCCUUUUUCUUGUCCAAAGUUGCAGGGCCUUCAAGAUAGGAUCAAAAGGUCCUGCCUAGAGUACUUUGUCAAAACGGAAUUACGGGUAAUAAGCCGCACUAGGGUCAUCCACAUAGAUGGGCUGUAUAAAUAGCCCUAGCAAAUGUCUCUUUCUAGCGGUAGCCAGCUACAUCACGCAUGGAAUUUGGCUGGCCGUCUAUGGCAGCUUUAAGACUAGUACAUCUGAAUUCGGGCCCCUGGCGGUUUUUAAGGCACGUCUUCACCAUGUCAGUCAGGAAGUGUACUGUCUAGGAUAGACUAUUCUUAGAUAUACAUGUUAAUAGAGGUGUUAUGCUAUCCAAUCACCCGUAGUAUUUUCACCAAAAAUAACU